UUGGAACCAUACCGGAAGUCACCUCCUCGUUCCUGUCGCGGCCAACAUGGCUGCCGGCGAGAGUGAAUAUUUUGUGAGAGAAGUCGAGAGAAACGACGGCCGUGCCUUAAAAGUGAAGCAGUGCUACCUGGGGGACGUCGGCUGUGUGGUCUGGGAUGCGGCCAUAGUUCUUGCCAAAUAUUUAGAGACGAAACAGUUUUACGAUCCUCCCGGAGGAGUGGACGUCUGGGCCGGCAGAAGUGUGCUGGAGUUAGGAGCCGGGACAGGAGUGGUCGGUCUGAUGGCAGCAACACUGGGAGCUCAAGUAACGUUGACAGACCUGGAGGAUCUGCAGACCCUCCUGAAAGUGAACAUCCAUGAAAACCAGGCACUCGUCAGCAGUGGGUCCAUAACUGCCAAGGUACUGAAAUGGGGCGAAGAUGUGUCUGACUUCUUGCCUCCUCCACAAUAUAUCCUUAUGGCAGACUGCAUCUAUUAUGAGCAGUCCAUUGUUCCUCUGGUGGAGAGCUUGAAGCUGCUCUCUGGACCGGAGACCUGCAUCAUUUGCUGCUAUGAGCAGCGCACCGAGGGUGUAAACCCAAAAGUGGAAAGGGAAUUCUUUGAGUUGCUGAAACAACACUUCCGCUGUGAGGAGAUCCCCUUGGACAGGCAAGACCCAGAGUUUAGCAGUCCAGACAUCCACAUCCUGCACAUCCGAACAAAAGUCUGAACAUUUGUCUGGUGAAAUCUGUGCGUACAGUUAUUAGUGUUUAACGCUAAUGCAAUGUGAAAAUCAGAUUUUGAGAUUAUGAAAUUGAAAAUCAAUUUGUGCUUGCAUUUGUAUACACUAUUCAAUGUAUUUUCAUGUGAGCAUUGAUUUUUUUAACCAUUAAAUAUACUUUUUUAAUAUAUCAGUAAA